AUGAAAGCUGAGAAGAAGAAGAAGGAAGAAAACUCAAUAAGGGAGGACCCUAAGGAGAGCAAACAUAUGCAUUCUCUACCUUUCCCUCAAAAGCAAAGCAGAGAUAAGCUGGACAUGCAAUUUGGGAGAUUUCUGGAUGUGCUGAAACAGGUUUAUGUAAACUUACCAUUCACAGAAGUGCUCUCACAGAUGCUUGCUUAUGCUAAAUUCUUGAAAGAGAUCCUUACUAAAAAGAGGAAAAUAGAGGAGAUCUCAGUGGUCAAGCUCACAGAGGAUUGCAGCGCGAUAUUGCAAAAUAAACUCCCACAAAAGUGUGGAGAUCCAGGGAGUUUUACUAUACCUUGCUCUGUAGGAACUAUUAAUUUUGAUAAAUCCUUAUGUGAUUCUGGUGCCUCAAUUAAUUUAAUGCCUCUAUCUAUCUAUAGGAAACUGGAGAAGGAGAAUGGAGAGAUAAGGUCUGCACCCAUAUCUUUGCAGCUGGCGGAUGAAACGACUAUAAUACUCGAGGGAAAAGUGGAAGAUGUAUUAGUUCGGGUGGAUAAGUUCGUACUUCCUGUGGAUUUUAUAGUGGUAAACAUGGAGGAAAACAAGGAGGUCCCCCUCAUCCUAGGAAGACCAUUCUUAGAGAUGGGUAGAGCUAUAUUGGAUAUACACGAGAGAAAACUCAUGCUUAGAGUGGGUGAGGAGACUGUGACUUUCAAGAUAGAUGUAGAAAAUGGGGCACAAAAAGGACAAACCAGCUGCGAGUGUUGA